AUGGCUACAUUAUUACGCUGUACACUCAGAGCGGCCAUCGCUCAUCCAGUACUGACACCCAGCACACGGACAUUACCCUCUUUCCACCCUUCCCCCUGCUUCACCCCCUUCCGCACGCUCAACCCCACCCCCUUCCUCCAACGCACCCUCCACACCUCCCCCACCCUCCAAAUGACACUCAACCAAGUCCGCCGAGGAAAGCGCAAGCCCCACAGACAAUCCAAGCCUCGCUCUCCCCAGCUCCUCCAGUGCCCACAGCGACGCGCCGUCUGCGGGAAGAUCUUCAGCGAGGUCAAGCCCAAGAAGCCUAAUUCUGCUAAACGCAAGGUUGCCCGGGUCAAGCUCACCACAGGGAGGAGCGUGAUGGCGUAUAUCAUGGGUGAAGGGCAUAAUUUGCAGGAACAUAGUGUGGUGCUUGUGAGAGGGGGGAGGACGCAGGAUUUGCCUGGUGUUAGGUAUAAGAUUGUGAGAGGAGCGCUGGAUUUGAAUGGUGUGCCGAAUAGGCAGACGUCGAGGAGCAAAUACGGGGGUAUGUGUGUGCGGUAUAGGAUGGGCAUGGCUGAUCGUCUCUGUAGGGAAGAAACCGAAGAAGCAGUAGAUGGGUAG